AUGACCAAAUUCGGAAGCACGCUUUGUGGAACUUUGCGUCGACCAAUCCCGAGCCAGACGUCGGGCCAAUCAGGAAGAAGGGAAAGUGGAACUGUGGAACGGGAAGGGAACCGAAGAUUCUCCCGCAAGAGGCGCAAGGAUGACACGCAAAUCCGGAGUCAUAUUCCGCUUGCAGAAGGAGUCUUUUCUAAUGGAGCUCUUCGGAAGUGUGGAAAGAUUUUGGCAAGCAAAAGCAAACUUAAGAUUCACAUGAUAAUCCACACUGGAGAGAAACCAUUCAUGUGCACUCAGUGUGGGAAGAGUUUCCGCCAAGCAUCAUCACUUAAUAAACACAUGAGGAUCCACACUGGAGAGAAACCAUUCACAUGCACUCAGUGUGGAAUAAGUUUUAACUGCUCAUCAUACCUUAAACAACACAUGAGGAUCCACACUGGAGAGAAACCAUUUACUUGCACUCAGUGUGGGAAGAGUUUCAACCGCUCAUCAAACCUUGAUCACCACAUGAGGAUCCACACUGGAGAGAAACCAUUUACUUGCACUCAGUGUGGGAAGAGUUUCAACCGCUCAUCAAACCUUGAUCAACACAUAAGGAUCCACACUGGAGAGAAACCAAUAACGUGCACUCUGUGUGGGAAGAGUUUUCGCCAAUCAUCAUCCCUUUCUAAACACAUGAGGAUCCACACUGGAGAGAAACCAUUUACUUGCACUCAGUGUGGGAAGAGUUUCAGCCAAUCAUCAAACUUUAAUCUACACAUGAGGAUCCACACUGGAGAGAAACCAUUUACGUGCACUCAGUGUGGGAAGAGUUUCCGCCAAGCAUCAUCACUUAAUAAACACAUGAGGACCCACACUGGAGAGAAACCAUUUACUUGCACUCAGUGUGGGAAGAGUUUCAACCGCUCAUCACACCUUAAUCAACACAUAAGGAUCCACACUGGAGAGAAACCAAUAACGUGCACUCAGUGUGGGAAGAGUUUCCGCCAAUCAUCAUCCCUUUAUAAACACAUGAGGAUCCACACUGGAGAGAAACCAUUCACAUGCACUCAGUGUGGGAAGAGUUUCAGCCAAUCAUCAAACUUUAAUCUACACAUGAGGAUCCACACUGGAGAGAAACCAAUAACGUGCACUCAGUGUGGGAAGAGUUUUCACCAAUCAUCAUCCCUUUAUAAACACAUGAGGAUCCACACUGGAGAGAAACCAUUCACAUGCACUCAGUGUGGGAAGAGUUUCCACCAAGCAUCAUCACUUAAUAAACACAUGAGGAUCCACACUGAAGAGAAACCAAUAACGUGCACUCAGUGUGGGAAGAGUUUCCGCCAAACAUCAUCACUUAAUAAACACAUGAGGAUCCACACUGGAGAGAAACCAUUCACAUGCACUCAGUGUGGAAUAAGUUUUAACUGCUCAUCAUACCUUAAACAACACAUGAGGAUCCACACUGGAGAGAAGCCAUUUACUUGCACUCAGUGUGGGAGGAGUUUCAACCGCUCAUCAAACCUUGAUCACCACAUGAGGAUCCACACUGGAGAGAAACCAUUUACUUGCACUCAGUGUGGGAAGAGUUUCAACCGCUCAUCAAACCUUGAUCAACACAUAAGGAUCCACACUGGAGAGAAACCAAUAACGUGCACUCUGUGUGGGAAGAGUUUUCGCCAAUCAUCAUCCCUUUCUAAACACAUGAGGACCCACACUGGAGAGAAACCAUUUACUUGCACUCAGUGUGGGAAGAGUUUCAGCCAAUCAUCAAACUUUAAUCUACACAUGAGGAUCCACACUGGAGAGAAACCAUUUACGUGCACUCAGUGUGGGAAGAGUUUCCGCCAAGCAUCAUCACUUAAUAAACACAUGAGGAUCCACACUGGAGAGAAACCAUUUACUUGCACUCAGUGUGGGAAGAGUUUCAACCGCUCAUCACACCUUAAUCAACACAUAAGGAUCCACACUGGAGAGAAACCAAUAACGUGCACUCAGUGUGGGAAGAGUUUUCGCCAAUCAUCAUCCCUUUAUAAACACAUGAGGAUCCACACUGGAGAGAAACCAUUCACUUGCUCUCAGUGUGGGAAGAGAUUCAACCGAUCAGCAAACCUUAAUAAACACAUGAAAAUCCACACUGAUGUGAAAGAGUAUAUGCGCUUAUUACAGCUCCAAAAUUGAAACUGCACCAGACAAUUUACUCUGGAGAGAUCGUACAAGUGUUUUUACAAGAGGUUUAAUCAGUUAACACAUCUGAAAACAACAGGAUUCACACUGGAGAGAAACCGUACAGAUCUGAUCAGUGUCUACAGAGUUUUAAUCAUUCGGCGCAGCUUA